UAUUUAUUGUCUGAAAAGACUCUCGCAGAGCCACACAGGUGCAUUCAAUUCAAACACCCGUAGGCUACGCAAGCAAGCAGCAGGCAUCGGUUCUCUUUAAAACUUUUUACUUUUCAUUAAAAAAAAAAAAAAAAAAACACUUAACAAGACAACGAGAUUCCCCAAAAUAUCAUAAAAGUUUAUGUGGAUUCACAAGCAUUUGAAGUGAUGCACGGAACGUGAGAGCACAGCUGAAGUGGAACUUAACGCUGUGAAGGGAAAGUCGUGGCAUUUCAACUAUUUGAAUAAGCACAGGUGAAAGAAAAUGUCCGCGCUGCCUCAGGUGGUGUGGCACACAGGUUCCUCUCUGGGUGAAGAUGCUGAGAAGAAUGCAGACCAACCAGAGUGCUCCAUUUGCUUCAACUCCUACGACAACAUCUUCAAGACCCCCAAAGUCUUGGAGUGUACCCACACCUUCUGCUUGGAGUGCCUCUCCAGGCUGCUUUCGGCCGUGUCUACGGAGCAGAACACCGGACACAUCCCCUGCCCUUUCUGUAGGCACCUCACCACCAUGCCAGAGAAAGGGCCACCAGCGCUCACCACCAGCCAAGAAGUCCUCUGCAAGCUCCCAGCCCACCUUCAGCAGGAGGAGCCUGUCUGGAUGGAAGGAGCCAUGCUGUGCUACAAAAAGUCCCCUGACUCCAGCACCUCGGACUUCUGUAUCUGCAUAGACAUUGGGAUUACAAAGUCCGAGAACGCUGCGGAAGUGGCCCCGGCGCCCUCUCGCGGCCUCCUGUCACGCUGCGGUUUGCUAAAUGACUGGAAGAGGUUGCUCCUCUUCAUCAUACUCAUGGUCAUGCUGGUGUGCAUCAUACUGUGGCCUCUGCAGUGUGUCUUUACUACGGGAAGCCUUAGAUGCUUCAGCAAGUCAAACGCAUCUAUAAGUAGUGUGACAACUAUUAGUACCACCAGGAACUAAAACCACUGUAGUGCUCAGCCAGUCAGACACUCGGCGCUUGCUUCAAUGCAAUGUACCACUUUUACUUAUGGGAGUGGUUAGAACGUUUGUCAUGGAAGGUUUAGAAACCUGAAGCUGACCUGAUGCAUUACUGUAUUGAAUGGCAGGUCGUAUCCAGCACGCUGUUUUAUGUGUGUGUGUGUGGAUUUCUAGUAACUACAAAGUGAAAUGCAAUUCAAUAUGUUAACGUAACAUUGGUACUGCUAAAAGUUUACUUUGUUAUUAAACAAAAUGUUUGCUCUUUAUUGUUGACUCCAAGUGAUGGUGAUUUCUGUGUUAACCAAAUGUUUCUUGCACAGUGUAGUCACACAACACACUGUGUUUAUGCAAGCCAAAGAACAUGAAUAAUCUCUGCAUCAAAAUGAAGGGAUUGUGAUACGUACCAUCUUUGUGAUGAACUAUUACUUACAUCUAGUAAUGAUACUUCAGCCAAGAAACACUGCCUUAUCAUUGAUGUGUUUUCAACGCAGGGAUUAGAGGAUGAAUUCAGUGUCGUGAAGUUAAAUUGGAGCGUACAGUAGUGUAACCACCGGCUGGUUUCACAAAGUUAGUCACCUAAAAUAAGAGUCUGUGGAACCAGCCACAGUGUAUUGGGAAGGAAUGUUAAAUGGUGAAUUUAUGAUGAGUGCAAUAACACCAGGACAGGCUGUUAACUUCACUAAUAUUUUAUUAUAGUAAGAUAUUUGACUUUGAGUGGAGUCUGGAGCAUUGCCUAGCCCUAAUGCAGUUCUAUAUGUUCUUAUACAUUCCAUCAUUCCAAUGUAUUGCCAAUUGUCAUUCUGUACAAUUUACUUUCUAUUGCAGAAAUCAUAGCUACAUAUAUACUGUAUAAGUAAAUCAAAUGUAAAGAAUAUUGGGAAGUGAUCAUCAUGAUUUUAAAGACAGGUGAAAUAUUUUACCCAUUUUGUUGAGGUAAUCGAGAGAAUAAUCAAGCCCAAGUGCUGUUUCUUAUUGUAAGGAUCUGGUACUCCAUGUAGUCCUGUUUUAAAAGAGCACUAACCAAUGCUUUGAAAUCCAUUCGUACCCCUUUCUAGUGGUAGUACUGUCUGACGUAUCUGCAUAUUCCAAAUUGAAAUCUGAAAUACCAGAAACAGGCAAAUGAUCUUCAAUAGAAGAAUAGGGACCUCUUAAAGUGUUAGGAGGAGGUGAUUAGCAUGUGUCAAAUCAUUUGAUCACAUUAGUAGCACUGUUAGGUAAGGAAAUAAUAGAUUUUUGAAACCUUGGUUUUGGUCUUUUUUUUAACCAUCUCAAGUUUAACAUGGGUCUUUCUCCUUUUUAGAGUUAAAAAUGUGCACUAUGUCCUCUGAAACUUCAAACAUAAUGUGUGCACCAAGCAGAGCAUAACAAAGAUACAAUAACAAACAUUACGACACACAGUUUUAGUACUUGUAUGUAGUAAUACAAAACAGUGUUUUAACAUGUUGCUGUAAAUAGUGUCAUAUUCCAUAAUGAAAAAAAAUAAUGCCAUAAAUGUAUAUUUUGUAGAUUGUAAAUGUCAUUGUUAUGGUACUGUAUUUUUGCAUUUUGCUGUAUAUAUUUUUUUUUUAUAUAUAAAAGACUGCAAUAAACAUUUUAUUAAAACACA